AGCUUGUUCAACGUCCAUACCGCCAAAAUGUCCAACGUUUCCGCUGACCUUAUCUGGGAGAUUACCCGCUCCCAGAACGCCUACCUCGUCAAGAGGAAGACUGGCGGUGCUCCCCAGCUCUCCCGGGAUCCCCUAAACCUGACGAACGUGCACUCGCGCAAGUUCGCGGGCUUCGUCAACGACAAGGCUCUCGGCAUCGUUCCCGGUGAGAAGGGCGGCAUCCAGGUGAUCAGCAAGAAGCCGGCUUCGGCUAACAAGCCGGCCGCGGGCCUGUACACCGUCACCUACGGUGCCAACAAGAGCACUCGCAAGACUUACAAGGCUGUUGCCAACCAAGUCGCCAAGAACAGUUACCGCCCCGACCUCCGGCAAGCCGCCGUUGCCCGUGCCAGCGCGAUCCGUAGGGCUCAAAGUCUCCGCAUUAAGCCCGAGCCGGAGAGGAAGCUGAGAGGCGCGGCCGCCAGGAAGGCUGCUGCUGCCAAGCAGUAGAAGAUGAUCAAGGUGCAGGGGAAGCUGGAAGGUAUAUCUCUGUAUUCGAGUCCGCAACUCUCUCGUCGAGCGGUUCAUGACAGGCGGUGAAACGCGGGGCAGUGAAACAGGACGGACUGCCAACUGCAUUCAGGAACGGGUCAUGGCGUUUGAUAUUUGAAGAAUCAAUCACUCAAGCGAGGCCCUUUCGCAACCGGGAUGGUGUUGCGGCACAAUACACAUAAUGGCGCACAACCCACAAGCGCCUGCGCGCCAAGCAUGCUCUGAGUCCCUUUGCGUGACAGCAUACAUAUAUUCGGAAUCGAAUAUCGGAAG